AACUGUUAAGGGCAUUAAAUAGAUCAGGACCAGAGGACUGUGACAACGUGCUAUUUGUGUGCAACAAGUGGGAUCAAGUGCCAGACUACGAGAAAGAGGAAGUCAAACGACACACCUUGCGUAGACUGAAACACCAAUUUCCACGACUAGAUGAGACACAAUUGCUUUGGUUUUCAGCCAAGGCCAAGGAAUCUGCUGGAUACAUGGCUGAUGGUCUAGACAAGCUAUUGGGUGGGAUUGAGUCGCUUCUUCUGCGGAGUCUCAAGCACAAGCUCAUGGUCCAACACAGUUUGAUUUGGGCGCUCAUCGAUCAAUCCGGCAAAAUCGUCCGAGCCAUAUUAAACAAUGUAAUGAGAGGCCAGGAGGAACGAAAAGCAAAAGCUCGCGUGGUGUCUGAACGGCUGACGAAGUUGCAACAUCUCACUGACAAAGUUAUGAAAGUUCUGAAUGAGGAGCUUGACGUGAAAACAAGCGAUGCAGUGCAGCAUUUAAGGAGCCACUUGGAGGUUGCUGAGACAAAGACGACCAUUGCGCACAAUGCACUAAAUGAAGCUCCGAACAUCACCUCCAUUGCAGAGUGCGAUCUUGUCCGAGAAAAGACAGCUAAGCUUGUACUAAGGCACGCAAGGGGACUUUUGCUUAAUGAACAGUACUUUCAGACGAUUGAAGCUAGUCUCAUUCAGAUGUUUAAAGAUAAGUUCACUCUGCUCAAAGAGACACGUGAACAUGAGUUCGAGGAAGCCUUGGGUGACGACCUUACGUUGUUGCCGACUGCAUCAUUAUGGGACACAGAAAGUAGCAUCGGAGACAAAGAUGUAAAGGCGUCGAAGACAUCUAUUUUUGGUAUUGCUGUUGAUGUUCUCUCUGCCUUUGUCAGUGGCCCAAGCAUUGGAAUGAUUGCUUUAAAUAAGACCAUAAAGAAAUUGGCCAGCGACAAAACGUUCAUGAAAACCUACAAUGAAGACAAAGAGGCGUACAUCAAAGAUGUCACUGACAAGGUGGUCAAACACAUUAGGGAAACCGACCAGUUGGAAGCAUUUGUGAAUGAGCGCUUUCAGAGGCCCAGAGAAUAUCUGAGUAAACUGAAGAAUGCUAUUCCCAAGGUAGCAAAAGCUGACAUCCAAAUGAUUGAGUCUCUCGAGGGAGAUGCUAGAAGCCAAGACGUCCUGCUCAGUCUGUACAGUCCGCAAUUCGACCAGUGCAACGCGCUUCGCGGAAACCUUGCUCUCUUCAAUCUCAAACAUCUAAGAGACAUACAGUACGACCUGGACGAGCUCUUGGCCUCCAACCCACAGAAGAUGGGAUCGGGAUCAUUUGGUUCCGUUUACAAGGUCCAAGUCAAGACCCAUGGCAUCACGAAGGUGGCAGUACUGAUAAUAAGAGAAUUCACCCACGAAGCAGACGUGGCCGAGUUCCAAGAUGAAGAGGAGACCCUCAGGUAUUUUGAGAGUCCACACAUUGUUGGCUACUAUGGACUGGCGUCAACAGCUCAUUCUGAAACAGACGGUCUUCGCUUUGGUCUCGUCAUGGAGUAUGGUCCUUAUCUACUUGAAUCAUGGCUACGUGCUCACAAAGAGCGAACUCCUGCUUGGUGGCCAGAUGAUGAGGCUAAGAUGACAGCAGGCUUCAACACCGUCAGGGACUUGGCCUCGCAACUGUGCAAUGGAUUGAAGGCAAUGCACGUAAAGGGAUUCAUGCAUGGAGACAUAAAGCUGGAUAACAUAAUGGUCACAGAAGACGGUGUACUGAAGAUUACAGAGGUGGGCCGAGCAAAGCCCCCGAAGAGGCUGAUAGGAGCAGUGCCGGGAACGGUAUUAUAUGCAGCACCAGAGAUGUUCUCUGCAUCCGGUCCAUAUGGCACCAGUGCAGACAUCUACAGCCUGGGGUUCUGUCUGCUAGAGAUGUGGUAUGGUUUGCGUGUGACAGAAGACAAAGAUUAUUUGCACAAGGUGGUUAUUAAACCACAGGAGUUUGUUUCUCCUCCUGUACAGUUGCAAGUUCCAAAUACUAUGUCUCCCUGUAAAGGGUGGGUGAGCCUGAUGAAAAGCUGUUGGAAGCUGGACCCAAAGUCCAGGCCUUCUGCAAGUGACUGUGUACGAAUGCUGUCCGAAAUGACACUGUAGAUAUUACAAUGAUUUUAAUGAAUGGCAUGACAUCAAAUCAGAUGCAGUGUAUAUGUUAAAUAAUGUAUAUGCAGCGCGACUGCGCUUAUAUUGAAAAUUGUUUUAUCAAUACAACCGAUACUACUAAUUUAGAAUGAAAUCUAUAUCUCAUGAUGUUUUCAUAUAUAACUUCUAAUGCCGCCGCCACAAACCUCUGAAAAAGUUGAGUAAAAUAGAAGAUGUAAAGCAUUCAAUUGUACUUCAAUUAAAUAGCAUCCUACUACAAUUUCGCCAUUACAAAGAAGACAAAGAAAACCAAAAGUACUAGACAUUAGUAUGCAAUAGAUGUUUAACUAGUUUCAACUGUGUUUACAAUACGUAUGACACGUACUUAGCCAUACACUGGGACAGAAAUGUACAUUAAAAUUCUUCAUUCGUCCAUAUAAACGAUACAAAGUGUGGUAGCGAAAUCAACGAUUAAAGCAAUAAUGUAGUUGUUCCGUAAAGAUAAAUUUACAUCAAGUGAAAAGAUGUGUUCAGUAGUAGUUGUACAACAGCACUUCUGAUAUUGU